CUGCACGUUAAUGACUACAAUCCCCACAAUGCACUCGGCGCGUCGUUUCCGGUCCUGCGCCGUUUCUGGAGCGGAUUGGAACCCGGAGUCAGGAUUCGAUAAAUGAAGGGUCUUUUGCAGGAAAGGUAACGUGUUUCCCCGCUAAUCUACUCGCGUUUUGUCCAAAGUGAAGACGCAGUUCCGUCGUGAAGGUGCAGCUGAUUUGUCCGGUUCGCUCCGCGUUCCCCUGAGCCGCCUCCUCUGCUCUCUGCCUGCCGCUGAAAAGCCUCCACUCCGGUUUGAGGGUUUGCGUCUCCGGUCCAUCCGCCAUGCCGACUGUUCUUUGUUACAUCUAGGCAAGAGGAGCCGCUCAGAUCGGAGUUAAAACCCGGCUAGAGUCUGGGAACCGCUCAGAUCCUGGAUCCCAUCUCUUACCGGGUGUUUAAUGUUGGCAUAAUGGCUGAACAGACGCCAGAUGAGUUCAUCUGGUGCGAGGACUGUGGUCAGUACCAUGACUCUGAGUGUCCAGAACUGGGACCUCUGGUGACCGUCCAGGACUCCUUCGUCCUCAGCCGAGCUCGGUCUUCCCUGCCAAACAGCCUGGAGAUCAGGCGGGUGGCUAACGGCGAGGAGGGCGUGUUUGUCCUGCGGCGGCUGGUCAAGAGAACGCGGUUUGGGCCUUUCGAGGCUAAGAGGGUGUCCUAUCUGGAGAGGGAAGGAGCUUUUCCUCUGAAGAUCUUCCAGAAGGACGGCGUGGUGGUGUGUUUCGACUCCAGCAGCGAGGAGGACUGUAACUGGAUGAUGCUGGUGCGACCCGCCACCGACCACAAACACCAGAAUCUGACGGCCUACCAGCAGGACGAUGACGUGUACUUCAACACCUCGCAGGAUGUGCUGCCGGGAACUGAGCUGCGGGUCUGGUACGGCGCCUUCUACGCCAAGAAGAUGGAGAAGCCAGUGUUGAAGCCUCCGCUUCAGCCACCGUUGCCCGAAACAGAUGUGACGUCUUCAUCUGCUAAAGCGGACACCUCACAGAAAACCGGAGCCCACUUGCCUCCGGUGGCUGAAGACAACAGUCCAGGCAACAUGCUGAGUCACCUCAGCGAGGUGAAGACGGUAGCAGUGCUUCCCGUGGACCCACUACUGCCCCAGGAGGAGAGCCUGGUGGGCACUUAUGAGGCGGCGGCGGAGGAUGAGGAGGAGGAGGAUGGUGGCCCCGCCGCAGCUCAGCCAGCCCCCAAGAGAAGACACAGCCGAGGCAGGAGAGCUAAGGGACGCAGGCCCGGAGCUACGAGCGCCACAAGCAAAAACAAAGAUGUGAAGCCGCCAGUGGACAGCUCAGCAGCGCCGGUGACCUCCGAGACGUCGGCAUCGGCAGCCGAGAGCGGCGGCCUCCUGAGCCCUCCAGACAGCGGGCCUGUCCUGAAGAGGCACAAAGCCAGAGAGCACAAGAGGGUGUACCACUGCUCCCUCUGCAACAAGGUCUUCAAGAACAGCAGCAACCUCAACAGACACAUCCGAUCUCACGGUGAUAAGCUGUUCAAAUGUGACGACUGUGGCAAGUUGUUUAGCCGCAAGGAGAGUCUGAAGCAGCACAUCUCGUACAAGCACAGCAAGAACAUGCCUGACCAAGAAUACAAAUAUAAAUGCAACACGUGUGAGAAAUCCUUCCGCCUGGAAAAUGCCUUAAAAUUUCACAACUGCAGGACAGGUACUGUAGUCUUUUUUUUUUUUACACUGACAUGUUUUCUAGUCACGGUAACGUCAUGCCUGACCCUGUUUUAUGUUCUGUUCAUCCCAUCUCCAGACGACAAGACGUUCCAGUGUGACAUCUGCUUGCGAUUCUUCUCCACCAACAGCAACCUCUCCAAGCACAAGAAGAAGCACGGGGAGAAGCUCUAUUCCUGUGAAAUCUGCAGCAAGAUGUUCUAUCGCAAAGACGUGAUGCAGGAGCACCGCAGGAGGCACGGCGUGGGACCGAAGCACAUGAAGAGAGAGGAGUUGGAGGCCAAUGGAGAGGAAGGGACCAAGUACAGGAAGGAGCCGUCACCCUGUCCCAUCUGUGGAAAGGUGUUCUCCUGCAGGAGCAACAUGAACAAGCAUCUGUUGACACACGGGGAAAAGAAGUACACCUGUGAGAUCUGCGGCCGCAAGUUUUUCCGCGUGGACGUCCUCCGGGAUCACAUUCAUGUGCACUUCAAGGACAUAGCGUUGAUGAACGAGCAGGAGAGAGAGGGCUUCAUCAAGAAGAUCGGAAUCUCCGCGGACGACAGCGACGAAACAGACGAGGACGAGGACGAGGACGAUCCUGAGCACCACAAGUACAACUGCAAGAAAUGUCAACUGUCAUUUGCAAAGGGCAAAGAGUACCUGAAGCACAUCAUGGAGCAGCACAAAGAGGGCGGCUACAACUGCGAGAUCUGUAACCGACGCUUCGCCCUAAAGGCCACGUACAACGCUCACCUGGUCAUCCACAGGGAGCAGCUGCGCGACCCUUCGGUGCAGAAGUACAUCCAUCCGUGUGAAAUUUGUGGCCGAAUCUUCAAUAGCAUUGGUAACCUGGAGAGACACAAGAUCAUCCACACAGGGGUGAAGAGCCACGGCUGUGAUAUGUGCGGCAAAUCAUUCGCAAGGAAAGACAUGCUGAAGGAGCACCUCAGGGUUCACGACGACAACCGAGACUACCUGUGUGCAGAGUGUGGGAAAGGCAUGAAGACCAAGCACGCUCUGAGGCACCACAUGAAGCUUCACAAGGGCAUCAAAGAGUACGAGUGCAAACAGUGCAACCGCAAGUUUGCCCAAAAAGUCAAUAUGUUGAAACACUACAAGCGUCACACAGGCAUAAAAGACUUCAUGUGCGAGCUGUGUGGAAAGACGUUCAGCGAGAGGACGACUCUAGAGACGCACAAGCUCAUCCACACAGUGGGCAAGACGUGGACGUGCGCGACAUGCGAUAAGAAGUACCUGACGGAGUACAUGCUGCAGAAGCACGUCCACCUGACCCACGAAAAGGUGGAGGCCCAGGCGUGUCACCUCUGCGGGACCAAGGUGUCCACCCGCGCCUCCAUGAACCGGCACCUGCGACGCAAACACCCAGAGGUGGUGUCUGUGAGAAUCGAUGAGUUUGAUGACCUUCAGGAAAAUUCGACAAUAAACGAUUCGUCUAUCAGCAUUGUUCAGCCCACUCUGACUCUGGAAAAAGACGGCAUGUCCCAAGAGAGGCCCAGCCGACCCUCCAGGCACCCCAAGAGGAAGCUGAGGGUUCAAGCUGAGCCAGAGCUCUCCGAGUCCGACGAGUACGUCGAUUUCACUGAGCCCAGACACGAGACCAUGACGGAAUUCAACGCCGUCAUCGUCGGCGACGAGACCGAGACCAGCUCCGCUGUGCAGAGCAUCCAGCAGGUGGUGGUCCUGACCGACCCCAGCGCCCCGUCGGCCUCCUCCCCCAACAGCUCAGUGGGGCUGACCAACAUCACCGUCACGCCCAUCACCAGCCACGCCCCGGCCCAGUUCACUAGCCUGCAGCCCGUCGCCGUGGGCCACCUGACAGCCAGCGACCGGCCCCUCACGCUGGACAACUCCAUCCUCACCGUCACCUUCGACACCGUGAGCGGCUCCGCCAUGCUCCACAACCGGCCCGCGGAGCUCGUCCCGGAGACGGUCGGCCCCGGCGGGGGCGCGGCGCCGCAGUCUGUCGCCCACUUCAUCAACCUCACCACCCUGGUCAACCCCAUGGGACACCAGCUGGAGGCGUCCACUCUGGCCUGGAGGCCCGUGCCGGCCGCCGAGGGCGGGCAGGUCACCCCGGUGGUGGACGGCGCUCAGGGGGGGGAGGGUCAGGAGGGCCAGGCCCAGGCCGCGGAUCCAGGCCGGCCCAGCCAGGGCCAGCCGCCCGCCCAACAGCAGCCGAGCAGCUCCGCGCAGCAGAUGUUCAGCUACUGAGUGCACACUUGGGGUCGGGGGGGCGGGGGUUGCGGGAGGAGGGGGAGGGGGUGCAGGUCACCUCACGUUCACAGACAUUCAUACAUAGUAGAGUAGAUUUUUAUCAGACCUGUACAAAGCUUUGAUCACUGUCACCCAGAUGCCUCUCCAACACCACAGAAGCAAAACUGUAAUGACCCCCCCCCCUCUCCAUUUCUUAUCCUGACAGAAAGUGGCUGUUAAUAGAUAAAAAAAAGAAAUUGUACAUUUAGCCAAACUGACACUCCUCUUAAAGAUUACAUUUGAAACCAAAGCAACAUGCUGAAUAUUCAAAUGCCUUACCAGCCUUUUACAAACGUGCAUGUUUUCACGACAAAUCUGCUGCUCGAUAGCCGAAAAUGUACGGACCUGAAAGACUUUUCUUUGUGACAGGUAAAGUGAUUCCGCCCGGUUAUGAAAAGCGCGGGCGGUCGGCGUACUGGUAAAAGCAGCUCACUGAUGAAAUGUUAUUUUUGAAUGCUGUAAACUGUCACUGUGGAGCUGCCUGGAAAGAGUACUGGAACCUUUUUGUACUGUCCUUUUUAAACAAAAUACCUCCUUCUA